AUGGUGGCAUUUUUGCAAAUAAUUGAUCCAAAUGAAAAAAAAAAUGAAGAAAAGAAGAAAGAUGAACGAUUCGAAAUUUCGAAAACCAAAAUCGGCAUCCAGUUGAAAUUGUUGAAUCACAAGGAGAAUCCAAACCAUAGAAUCGAACACUGCAGCAACUUCGUCCCCCACGGUCCCACCUAUCGCCAGCUUCGACAACGAACAGGUUACAGGACCAGUAUAUACACUACACAUUGCGGAGUCUUAGAGUAUCUCUCUCCCAUUCGCUUGCGACUUGUGAGGCUUCAAAUCGGUAAGUAUUCUCUUCUUAUGCAGAGCCUUGGCUGGUGGUGCUUAGAUUUGUGCUGAUUUAGUUGACAUUAGUUGGGGUGCUUAAAUUUAAAAAUAUGUAUUUAGUUGAGAUAAUAUGUAUUUACCUAUUUGGAAACUUUGUAUUUUGUGUUCGUAUAUAAUGAUUAGUAGAACUUUAUAUUGA